AUGACGUGUGCUGUCUAUGACCCCACCUCCAAAUGUCAAUCAGCUAUAUAUAUAAACCUGCCAGGUUCUUAUAGGGAAAGGAUAACUAUUCUUCGACGGAACCACGAAUCGCGACAGAUUACACAAGUUUAUGGCUUUUAUGAUGAAUGUCUAAGAAAAUAUGGAAAUGCCAAUGUUUGGAAGUACUUCACUGAUUUAUUUGAUUAUCUUCCUUUAACGGCUUUAGUGGAUACUCAAAUAUUCUGCCUACAUGGUGGACUAUCGCCCUCCAUAGAUACACUUGAUCACAUUAGAGCAUUAGAUCGUCUACAAGAGGUACCACACGAGGGACCUAUGUGUGACUUACUAUGGUCAGAUCCAGAUGACCGCGGUGGUUGGGGCAUCUCCCCAAGAGGAGCUGGUUAUACGUUUGGUCAAGACAUUUCGGAGACUUUCAACCAUUCGAAUGGCCUAACCCUAGUCUCUCGUGCCCAUCAACUUGUUAUGGAGGGCUACAAUUGGUGCCACGAUAGAAAUGUUGUCACAAUUUUCUCUGCACCCAACUACUGCUAUCGUUGUGGUAACCAGGCGGCUAUCAUGGAGUUGGAUGAUUCUUUAAAGUAUUCUUUGUAAGUAUAACUUUUGUUU